CUGAGGGCCAUCAUGACAGUGCUCUUACCCAUGUUCUGUAUACCAUCAUAGCUUUCCUGGGUGUUGCAGAUCACAAGGGAGGAGUGCUGCUCCUGGUGCUGGCACUGUGCUGUAAGGUUGGUUUUCACAUGGCUUCCCGGAAACUAUCUGUAGAUGUAGGUGGAGCCAAGCGUCUCCAAGCUCUGUCUCAUCUCGUUUCCGUCCUUCUGUUGUGCCCAUGGGUCAUUGUCCUCUCUCUGACAACAGAGAGCAAAGUAGAGUCUUGGUCUUCUCUCAUCAUGCCCUUCAUAACAGUCAUCUUUUUUGUUGUGAUCCUGGACUUCUACGUGGAGUCCAUAUGCUCUGUGAAGAUGGAAGCUUCCACGUGCGCUCGAUACGGAUCCUUCCUUGUUUUCAUCAGUGCACUGCUGUUUGGAAACUUCUGGACACAUCCAAUAACAGACCAACUUCGAGCUAUGAACAAGCCACCACACCAUGAAAGCACAGAGCAUGUUCUUUCUGGAGGGGUGGUAGUGAGUGCUGUCUUCUUCAUUUUGUCUGCCAAUAUCCUGUCCUCCCCCUCCAGGAAAGGGCAGAAGGGUACCCUUAUUGGCUAUUCCCCUGAAGGCACUCCUCUCUAUAACUUCAUGGGUGAUGCACUACAGCAGAGCUCUCAGUCAUUGCCCAGGUUUAUUAAAGAGUCUCUGAAACAGAUCCUUGAGGAGUAUGAUUCUAGGCAGAUCUUCUAUUUCUUGUGCCUAAAUCUGGCUUUCACUUUUGUGGAGCUAUUUUAUGGAGUGUGGACCAACAGCCUUGGUCUUAUUUCUGAUGGAUUUCACAUGCUUUUUGACUGCUCUGCCUUGGUGAUGGGGCUGUUUGCAGCUCUGAUGACGAGAUGGAAAGCAACUCGUAUAUUCUCCUAUGGGUAUGGACGUGUAGAGAUUCUCUCUGGUUUUAUUAAUGGCCUUUUUCUGAUGGUCAUUGCUUUCUUUGUCUUCAUGGAGUCAGUGGCCAGACUGGUGGAUCCUCCAGACAUAGACACAAACAUGCUCACUGUGAGUUCUGUCAUUCUGCUUGAAUGUAGUUCUGCAGUUAAUGGUUCACACUGA